AUGGUUGUGAUAAACCUAGCAUACAGCGCCCCCAUUAACCCAAGUGGUGCCUCGCCUGUUCUCACCGAAACUCAAGUAUGGAAGGGUCUCCAGCGCAAAGUCCGCAAAGCAAACGAAUUCGUCGCACCAAUCCUCAAGUGCGAAGUCCUUGAGGAAGAAGAGACUGAGACAGGAACGAAAGUCACGCGCCAAGUAACGUUCGACAAGGAUGUGCGUGGCGAUGACGAUGCCAUUGUCAAGGAGGUAGUCCACGAAUUUGCACCAAGCCGUGUCGACUUUCGGCAACCCGAUGGAAGCAACAUCUUCAACAUCGUCAGUGUCGACCAGGAUGGAAAUUUGAUCAUGACUUAUGCUUUUGAGUGGCGACAUCCAGAGCUUGAUGAAGGGAGCGAAAAGGUCAAGCAGUUACGGGAAAAGUACUCGAAGAUGGCCAAGGGAGCUGUUGAUGGCUCGAUUAACACUAUUCGUCAAUUUGUCAAAGAUGGCGAGCUAUGA